UGAAGAGUAUUUAAAGGGUGCAGUAGCGACGCCAUAUUGCACCCCACCUUAUCUCACCGCUAAGUUAUUCUUAUUCCCAAGCCACACCAAUGUCACCUUCACUUUCCCUCCUAAUUAUUCCUCUUCUCAUUUUUCACAUGGUGGCGGCGGCCACCGGGACCGGCAAGGGGCAGUGGCAGCUCCUCCACAAAAACAUCGGCAUUGUUGGCAUGCACAUGCAACUCCUCCACAACGACCGCGUCAUCAUGCUCGACCGCACCGACUUCGGCUUCUCCAACCUAACCUUCCCCAACAGCAAGUGCCGCACAAACCCACGCGAGAUGGUCGUCAAAACCGACUGCACCGCUCACUCCCUCGAAUACGACGUCGCAGCCAACACAUGCCGCGCCCUCUUCGUCCAAACCAACGUCUGGUGCUCCUCCGGUUCACUCUCCCCCGACGGAACACUCGUCCAGACCGGCGGCUUCAACGACGGCGACCGCGCCGUCAGAACCUUCACCCCGUGCGCGACCUGCGACUGGCGGGAAAUCAACGCCGGACUCGCCGCCAGACGAUGGUACGCCACCAAUCACAUCCUGCCAGAUGGACGCCAAAUAGUAAUCGGCGGAAGAAGACAAUUCAACUACGAGUUUUACCCCAAGACAAAAGCUGCUGAAAACACUUACAGUUUACCUUUCCUCGUACAAACCAACGACGCCAUUGCUGAAAACAACCUUUAUCCCUUCGUUUUCUUAAACGUCGAUGGCAACCUCUUUAUCUUCGCCAACAACCGCGCUAUCUUAUUCGAUUACAAUAAGAACCGUGUCGUCAGAACGUAUCCUCAAAUACCAGGUGGAGAUCCACGGUGUUACCCCAGCACCGGUUCUGCUGUGUUGCUCCCUCUCAGAAACUUACACGCGCCCAAUGUAGAAGCUGAGGUCUUAAUUUGCGGUGGAGCCCCGCGAGGGGCUUUUCAGCAAACUAUCUCGGGUCGUUUUACUGGAGCGUUGAAAACGUGCGCUCGGAUUAAAAUAACCGACCCGAACCCGACUUGGGCCAUGGAAACCAUGCCGGGUGCGAGAGUCAUGAGCGACAUGGUUUUGCUCCCAAACGGUAACGUUUUAAUCAUUAACGGCGCAGCCGUGGGGACUGCAGGCUGGGAAAUGGGCCGCAACCCGGUUUUAAGCCCGUUUGUUUACAAACCGAAGAACCGGGUCGGGUCACGAUUUGAAGUCCAAAGCGCGUCUAAUAUUCCGCGAAUGUACCACUCGAGUGCCGUUUUGCUUCGCGACGGUCGCGUUCUUGUGGCGGGGAGCAACCCUCACACUUACUACAAUUUCAGCAACGUGUUGUUUCCAACGGAAUUGCGGUUGGAGGCGUUUUCUCCUUCGUAUCUGGAGGCUGGAUUCUCUAGUGUGCGUCCCAGCAUAGUGUCUCCUGCGUCCCAAACGAAAGUCAAGUACGGUGAGGCGUUGAAGGUGCGGUUCCAAGUGAAGGGAAGUUUGGCUCGGGGUGCGGUGUCGGUGACGAUGGUGGCGCCGCCUUUUACGACGCACUCGUUCGCCAUGAAUCAGAGGGUGCUGGUGCUGGAGGCGCAGGAUCUGAGGGAGGUUGCGAAAUGGACGUACGAGGUUGGAGUUACUGCUGCCGGUUCGGCUGUUCUUGCACCUCCCGGUUUCUAUCUACUGUUUGUGGUCCAUCAAGAAAUUCCAAGCCACGGCAUUUGGGUCCGGAUGGUGUGAUUAAUUUUUCACCACUCGCUCCCAGACAACAUCCUUCGUAUAUGUUUACGUUCUUUUAUUUAACUUAUUUAUUCUUCUCAAUGUCUGGAGUUAACAGAUUCGUAGGUGAUGAGCAUUAAUUUAGUGAAACACAUCAGAAAAUAAAAUUCAAAUUAAUGAUUCAUGGGGGUUUGUAAUUA